AUAUUUUCAGAAUGGCGCAUUACUAAAUGGAUUGUCUGUAUAACGUAUCGGUAGACGCUUUAUUCUUGGAACCAUUAGAUGAGCAGAAUCGAUAAAACUGAAAACAAGAUCACUUGAGAUGAAUGGAAAACCUCUUCACAAGAAAUCUUUAGGNAGAGAUCUCUUGGUGUUUUCUUGCCUUGCCUUUCUUCUGAAAGUCCUCCACAUUGAGGCUGAGUUGUGCAAAGUGUCUCCCAAUUACCGCAUGAACUCAAAGUUGGAGGGAUACGUCAUCAUGACUUUUGAUUGUGUACCAACCAAGGAGGACUGUGCUGAUGCCUGUUCGUUUAACAACGACUGCCAUAGCAUCAACUUCUUCCAGGYUAACAAAACAUGCGAGCUGAAUAAUGCUAAUCACAUUUCAAGCCCAGUAAGUCUGAUCAAUGUAACAGGCAGUGACUACAUCAAUUAUGACAAACGACCUCCAACAAAGUGUCAAAGUAAAGCCGCUGUGGGUAUGGAGGACGGACGAAUCACUAACGACCAACUCAGCGCAUCUUCACAAUACAUCAGCGGUCAAUUACCAGCAUGGAAGGGUCGACUGAACAACCCAACUUCAGCUUGGGCCGCGGUAAACUCCGACAAAGGYCAUUGGUUUCAAAUAAAGUUUGACSUAUCUCACACYAUAGUUGGCAUAGCAACACAGGGAGCUCCUCAKWUURAYCAAUGGGUKAAGACCUACACWGUMMGRUACAGCAAUGAUGGAGUCAACUUUGYUGACUACAAUAAUUCUCAAGUGUUCGUUGGUAACAAUAACAGGAAUACUGUGGUCAGAAACGAAGUGAAUCUGAAGGCUAAGUUUGUUAGAGUUUAUCCAAUGACUGUGCAUGRGUUUCUUACCAUGAGGCUUGAGUUUUAUGGCUGUGCUCUCUAA